AUGGCUCCUCCUUCGUCCACGGCACCCCGGAAACGCAAGCUUGCAAACGUGACGGCCAGUAAUGCUUUGUCUGAAUCAUCUCCCUCCGCGGACUCUGCAGACGGGGAAUAUAGAGAAGAAGAUGAGGAUUACGCUCCCAAACAAUCGUCUUCAAAGCGACAGUCGAAACCUAAAGCCACUAGCAAGAGUACGAGCAGUAAUAAUGGCGGUGGUCGACAACUGUCCAGGGAAGCGCUGCGGAAGGCCAACCACAGUAUGAUCGAGAGGAGGAGAAGAGAAAAGAUCAACGCUGCUUUGGGGGAGUUGAGACAGAUGGUACCUGGCUUGGGUGAUACGGGAGGGAAAGGUGGAGAAUUCAAGCUAGAGGUGCUAGAACGGACUGUCGAACACAUGCGAGAUCUGACAGCUAGACUAGAGGAGCUCGAAUCUAGACUUGGAUCCGCCUCUCGUCCUAAAUCUCAUAAGACGAGUACCGUUUCCAGUGCCUCCAACCCCGAAUCAAUGAUCGUGGACGAGCAGCCUCGGCGCCCCAAGCUGUCGCACAAGUCGGGUCAAAUCUCAGCGUUUGUAAACACCCCCACCUCGAAAGAUAGCUCCUUGGUCGAAGCCGAUACGAGUGAACGCUCUAAGGGAUCCCCAAGUUCUCAGAUGUCUCCUCCGAGAGCUCCUUCUCUGUCUACUCUCCUAGCAUCCACCAACACUACCGCCCCAACACGUCCUCCACCCGGCCCACAAGCUACCAAUCCAACACUUUAUCUCCCCUUUCCGACCCCAUCGCCGACCUCUCCUUUUCUCCACUAUACCGCUUCGACAUCCAGUAGUUCAUCUCUCCAUACGAGCACAGGUCCUGAUCCCAGUCCAUUCAUGGCCCCUCUUCAAGGCAUGUCAUUAUUUGGUGGCGCGCUCAAUCUCGAUACCCCGGGAGAGAAGAGUCUCAAUGCCAAAGGCAUGGGAGCAGAGGAAGCGGCAAAUGUUCUCCUUGCCUUUUCCUCCCCGGAUACCCUGCGUCCCACCAGUGUCGGCAUGACACCUCUCAUGACACCGCUUUUGAGCGAUAGCGGAAGAGCCCGACGGUCGACUCUGGAUGGAGAAGAGUUCGUCCUAGACGGAGGUCUGAUCAAGUCUCCAGAGACCAAGAAGAUGUUGUCGCCAGCUCACAACGCCCAGCAAGGGCAGAAAGUAGGAAAGACAGCUAGGGAUAUUCUACGUAUGUAG